AUGCCGAGCCCGGAAGGCUCGGUGCACGUUGUCAAAAAACGUCAAAAACGCAAGCUCGCCCACUCAGAUGGUUCACCGAGACGUCCCAUACCCGAGCUGAACGGGACAGACUCGCGAGAUUUCGUUUCCACAAAAUUAUACAUCGACUCGUUGUUGGUUGAUCGGCAAGCUUCGCGCAUCUCCAUGAGCGCGAAACAUCCAGAUCAAUUGACAGCUAUAUUUGGCCCGAACCCCAACAUCUCUUUUUUUCCGGCCAAGAGAGUCCGCUCUAUCAAUGAAAGGCUCGGCCAUGACAGACUAGAACAGCUGCUUGCAGACAUUCGCGAUAUUGUCGCAGCCAAGGUGAAGGCGACAAGUUCGAUCCCUCGCUCCCAUGGUCUGAAAGAACACCACUUACAGAAUGCUCAAAACUUUCCUCGUGAGCGCCUCAACGCACACAUAAAUAUUUAUUUUGAGAUGGCCAUCUUCUCCUCUACUGCAUCCGCCUUUCAAUUUGAGCCGUUGAUGCUCUCAGAGGCUGCAGUAAUGGCACAGGGCUUGGGCUACAACCGCUCGAAUGGCCCACACGAAGGUACGCAACGACGCACCUUUUGGGUACUUUACUUUAUGGAGAAAGUCUCUUGCUUCAUAACAGGAAGGGGCUCGGUUCUGCAAGAUUCAAAUAUCAGCUGUGCCAUUCCAGACGUGCAAGAAUCUACGUUUGAUGACUACGAUUGGGGGUUCAGCUUUCUGCAAUACGCCCGUCUGGUGUCCAAAAUUCAUAGCAGUCUAUUCACAAUAAGCUCGGUAAACCAGCCAGCUUCUGAAUAUAACGCCAAGGUGCAGGGUUUUUUAACAGAGCUAGAGUCUUGGCGUCUUUCUGCUCCUUUGCGUUUUCGCGCCGGAGAGCCGCUCAAGCCUCGUCUGCUGCGCGAGCCACUCGCUCAGAUGAUCGCGCUAAUGACAAAUUAUCUUUAUUUCGACGCGCUUUUAACUCUAUCCUGGACCCUGUUGCAUUUCAGUGCGAUCAAGCUGGGGCCAAUGCGACAGCUUGACUUGAAACGAGGGCUGAUGAGAACUGCUCGCUCUGUUUUGGAACUAACUAAAUUCAUUGAAGUUGCCCCCUACACUCCCGUCUGGAUGCUCGCGGUGUUGCCGCUGUCAUGUUUGAUGAUCCUCUUCGAUCUAGUGGUCCACAACCCGGACCACCCUGAGGCUAGCCUUAGCCUUGCACUCCUCGAUAUCGCUAGCGGACAUUUUAGUCGGCUAGAAUUCGCCAGCAAUGGCAGUCUGCCCGGCUCUUUGGUUGCACAGUUUGCACAUCUUGCACGCCAAUAUGUAUUUGAGAAGAGGGAAUGCAGACACAAAAUGAUCGACAUGGGCGCUCGUGAUUACUCUUGCGACAUUCAGUCUGCGGUGCCGGCUGGGGCAACAGCCAUGCCUCCACCACCUGCAGAGUUGACCACCGCUGGUUUGCCAACAUCAAAUCAACCAGCUCAAACACUGCCUGGCCUACAUGAGCAGCUGCCACUCGAUCCUGGGGCCACGCGGAUGUAUGAUUCGAAUUUGUUAAGUGAAAAUGACCAGUUAUUCAUUCCUUCUAUCGACGAUCCAAGCUACCGCCUUGAGGACCUCGAGCUGCUAGGAAUUGACUUGAAAGACUUGUUCGAUUACCCAUAUGCAAUGUCAGGGGGUGACACCGUUGUAUGA